CGAACUUUCAACCAAAAAAAGACCGUUCAUUCUUUAUCCCUGUUUCCUUCAUUUCUACUUCAAACCAAAACCAAACUCUGAUAACCACCUCUCACCAUCUCCAGAGGAGGACAGAGAUGUGAUAAAUUAUGGAGGUUAGAAGACCAAACAGCAAGACCAGCAAAGGAGUUUAUCUGAGGAUGAGAUUAUUCAGACCAAAAGCCGGAGGAAGGCAAAAACCCGAAAAGAUCUUCUUCUGCCAUAGAUAUUUCAAAUGGGUUCUCUGGUUUUCCCUUUCUUUUUACUUCUUCAUCUCUUUUCUCUUCACCCACAAGCCCGCCGCCUCCGUCAUCUCAAGAACCACCGUCGUCCACCGAUCUAACAAAGCUUCUCACGCCGUAAUCGAAUCCUCCAAUCCCCAGCAAGGUAAAAUAAGCUCCGGCGCUCUAAAGGGUUUGAAAAUAUACGUAUACGACUUGCCGGAGAAAUACAACGUCGAUUGGUUGAAGAAUGAACGGUGCAGCAGCCAUUUGUUUGCUUCCGAGGUUGCGAUUCACAGAGCAUUGGAGAGCAGUGAUGUACGAACGCUUAACCCGUGGGAGGCUGACUUUUUCUUCGUCCCCGUUUACGUUUCCUGCAAUUUCAGCACCGUCAACGGGUUCCCGGCGAUUGGUCACGCCCGGUCUCUGAUAUCCUCCGCCGUCCGUCUCGUUUCCUCCGACCACCCCUUCUGGAACCGCAGCGGCGGCGCUGACCACGUCUUCGUCGCUUCCCACGAUUUCGGGUCCUGUUUUCACACCCUGGAGGACAGAGCCAUCGCCGACGGGGUGCCGGCGUUUUUGAAAAACUCAAUCAUAUUGCAAACUUUUGGGGUAAAAUAUUAUCAUCCGUGUCAAGAUGUUGAGCACGUUGUAAUCCCGCCGUAUGUUUCACCGGAAAGUGUGCGGAAAACGCUGACGGCGAACCCGACGGCCGAUCACCGGAGAGAUAUUUUCGCGUUUUUCCGGGGAAAAAUGGAAGUCCGUCCCAAGAACGUCAGCGGUCGUUUUUACGGCAGGCGGGUCCGGACGGCGAUUCUGAAAAACUACGGCAACGACCGGAAGUUUUACCUGAAACGCCACAGACUCGCCGGUUACCAGUCGGAGAUUCUCCGUUCAACGUUCUGUUUAUGUCCGCUUGGCUGGGCACCGUGGAGCCCGCGCUUGGUUGAGUCCGUCGUUCUGGGCUGCGUGCCGGUGAUAAUCGCCGACGGGAUCGAUCUUCCUUUCCCCGCCGCCGUCCCAUGGGAGGAAAUCUCCGUCACGGUGCCGGAAAAGGAAGUCCCAAAGCUCGGCCGUAUACUUGAAAAAGUCGCGGCGACUAACCUUACUGAUAUCCAACGGCGACUUUUGGACACCGGCGCACGGCGGGCCCUCCUCUACAACGAUCCGAUGGUGGAGGGGGACGCAACGUGGCAGGUCUUACUUGCGUUGACCGAGAAGCUCCACCGGUCCCACCGUAGGUCAAGCCAAUGACUACCUGAUGACGUGGAGGGAAUCUAUUGGGUCUAAAAUGACCAGCUAAAAGGAGGUGCUGUACUAUAAAAAAGGUUAUGGGAUACAGCUGGAUUAUCCCACGGGGUUACAGUGCUGUCAGAAUAGCCUUUAAAAAUGUGUCCAGGCUGGGUCCCAUAUUGCUGGAUACCGUGUGCUGAGUUGGCGAGAUGUGAUUGGUUUAUAUCGCGGUCGGGGGAUGGGCGGUUCAUGGUUUUGUUGGGUCACAUGUGAACGCGGCCCAUAAGUGGAAAGACAGGAAACGUUACGGAGAUUCACACUGUUCGCGGUGUGGGAUCCUGCCACGCUGUAAAUGAUAAAGCGACGGAAAUGACACUGUGUGAAUAGAAGAAAAUUUUGUUAUUCUUUUGUAUAUAAUCCCUCUUAAUUAUUGGUCAAUUACAAUAUUUAGAAGUUCGAAUCUCAAGGAAUUAAAUUAAUUUAACAAAUUAAUUACUUGUACAAUCCAUGACAUUAUGUCCCAUUAUCACCUGUGACAUCAACAUGUAUUAAAACAUUAAUUGUAGCAUCUUGACUCCCAAAAAAACUUUCGAACUCUUUAUGAUCGAUUUAAUUACAAAUAUGUGUUUAUAUAAAAUUAAGAGCUCGU